UUUGAGGCGGCUCCCGGCGACAUGGCUGACACCCCCAGGGAGGGAGGGCUGAAACAGGCCCCCGCACCACGAAAUGAGAAGGCGCCCGUGGACUUCGGCUACGUGGGCAUCGACUCGAUCCUGGAGCAGAUGCGGAGAAAGGCUAUGAAGCAGGGCUUUGAGUUCAACAUCAUGGUGGUCGGGCAGAGCGGCUUAGGGAAAUCCACCUUAAUCAACACGCUCUUCAAAUCCAAAAUCAGCCGGAAGUCCGUGCAGCCCGCCUCAGAGGAGCGCAUCCCCAAAACCAUCGAGAUCAAGUCCAUCACGCACGAUAUUGAGGAGAAGGGCGUCCGGAUGAAGCUGACGGUGAUUGACACUCCAGGUUUCGGGGACCACAUCAACAAUGAGAAUUGCUGGCAGCCCAUCAUGAAGUUCAUCAACGACCAAUACGAGAAGUACCUGCAGGAGGAGGUCAACAUCAACCGCAAGAAGCGCAUCCCGGACACGCGUGUGCACUGCUGCCUCUACUUCAUCCCGGCCACUGGCCACGCCCUCCGGCCACUGGACAUUGAGUUCAUGAAGCGCCUGAGCAAAGUGGUCAACAUCGUCCCGGUCAUUGCCAAGGCCGACAUGCUGACCCUGGAUGAGAGGGUCUACUUCAAACAGCGGAUCACAGCAGAUCUCCUGUCCAACGGCAUCGACGUGUACCCCCAGAAGGAGUUCGACGAGGACUCCGAGGACCGGCUGGUGAACGAGAAGUUCCGAGAGAUGAUUCCGUUUGCCGUGGUGGGCAGUGACCACGAGUACCAGGUCAAUGGGAAGAGGAUUCUGGGCAGGAAGACCAAGUGGGGCACCAUCGAAGUGGAGAACACCACGCACUGCGAGUUUGCCUACCUGCGAGACCUCCUCAUCAGGACGCACAUGCAGAACAUCAAGGACAUCACCAGCAGCAUCCACUUCGAAGCGUACCGGGUGAAGCGCCUCCACGAGGGCAGCAGCCUCCUGUCCAACGGCGUCGAGGACAAGGACCCAGAUGCACAGGAGAUGUAACCCCGCCCGCCAGCCCCGCCCCGCCCCACCCCCAGGCUGCCCGCCCGCCGUCCGCCCCGCCCUGUUUGUUUUAUUUUAUAUAAUUUCUCCACUUGUCAUCGCCCCGCCCCUACACGCUGCCCAGUAACAAGAUCA